GUAACGAAACUCAUUAAAUAAGUAACUCUGUUUCUAUAUAUAUGUAAUGCAUUUCCCAAAAAAUUGAAAAACCAUAUGAGAAAAUGGAUUAUCAGAAAUGGAGUCUAGGUUUCAUAUCUCUUGUUUUUCUCUUGAUCACUUCAUCUUCGGCUGAGCUCCUCAUUAAACAGGUCACAGAGGGCAGAGGAAUAGAGUACAACAAUUCUUAUAGUCUCAAGACGAAUCUUGGACUGACAAGGGUAUUGAGAGAAGAGCGACCAUCGAGUAAGAUAGUGACAAUAACAAGCUUCUCCGUGAUUAAGGGCAGAUCUGAAGCCUUUGAAUCCUCUACUUUUGAGGCUGCUGGUUACAAAUGGAGAUUUAUGUUGUUCGUGAAUGGUAAUCAAAACGACCCCGAUGGUGGACAUGAAAAUAUGGCACUUUACGUGGGGAUCAAAGAGACCGAAUCUUUUCCAAGAGGCUGGGAAGUCAAUGUUGAUCUCAAACUCUUUGUCCACAAUGAGAAGCUACACAAGUACUUGACUGUUUCAGAUGGAACAGUGAAGCGGUACGAAGCUGCGAAAACAUAUUGGGGAUUCGGAAACUUGAUCCCUCGUACAACAUUGCUUGACCCAAACGAAGGUUACAUCUUGCAUGAUACCUUAUCUUUUGGUGCUGAGAUAUCCAUCGUUAAUCCAGCCGAAAAACAAGAGAAAAUCACAUUCAUAUCAAACCCUCCGGACAAUGUCUUCACUUGGAAGAUACUUCGUUUCUCCACCUUGGAAAAUAAGUUCUAUUACUCUGACGAAUUUCUCGUUGGAGACCGAUACUGGAGAUUAGGAUUUAACCCGAAAGGGUAUCAAGGAGAAAGACCACGUGCACUUUCAAUCUUUCUAUAUGCUCAAGGCUAUAAGGCAAACGCAGUUAUUACAAACACUUGGGGAUCGGUUAAUCUGCAGUUAAAGAAUCAACGAAGCUCCAACCACAUUCAACUAUAUAGUGAAGCUUGGUGUGCGAUUCGAAGCGGUUAUGGUAUUGAAGGGAACAGUAUCAUAUUGUUAGAAGAUUUACAAAAUUCAUCAAAAGGAUAUUUGGUGAAUGAUGCAAUUAUCUUUGAAGCUGAACUUGUUAAGGUCUCUGUGACCAAUAUUGUUUCCGCUUAGAGAUCUCUAAUUCUUUGUCAGCGAUUAAACAACCUUAUGAAUAAAGAGACAAAGCUUGUAAUUUUUUCAACCAGAUCUAUUAAACCGUUUAAACCUC